UUUGAGACAAGUGUAAGCUGUGUCGUAAAGUGCGCCCAUUUUGCGAGGAUUAUCGAGUUUUAAUACAAAAACCAUGUCGUGCGGAGCAGAAUGCAUGUCACUCGGCCCUCCGCCGGAUUCCAUUCUGUACAUGCCACCGCCACCGCUACCGGCUUUCCUCGCCAAUGCUGCCAACCUGACUCCACCCUGCCGCGCUUCGAAGUGCCCGACGCAGAACAACGAGGAGAACUCCUUGUUUCCUGGCGUGGAGUAUCAUGAGCUGCCUAGGCACGUGGCGGGUGUUGCAGAACCAGGCGGUGGAGACGAAACUUGGCUGCUCGUGGUCAUCACGUGCUGCGUGGCUGUUCUCUGCGUCGCGGCUCUGCUGGCGCUGUUCCUGUUCAGGUGCCGAGAGUUAUCCUUGUACAGAUCCCGAAGCGGUUGCAAGAGCAGCUCAGGCAAGGCUGGAGGCUCCAACGUGCUCUACGGGGGCGCAGCUCUCGACUCCCGCGUCCUCUGGGCCGCCCUCACCCCCAGGGGCACCCGGCACUUUGUUGCCGACACCUACCCCCACGAUGAAACCGAGGACCAUCACUACGAGUGCGUCGAACCUCCGCUAUACAAGUUGGGUCCGCCAGAAGAUCUCGCUAUAACCCGACAUUUCAACGUUGAAUACGAAGACCCAGCUCCUCUGAUUGAAAACUACGCUGACCGCACAGAGGAGUACUUUAGAAACGGAAUGGAAACUCUCCGCAGGGGACGACCACUCGUUUCCUCUCCGACCAGGAUCGAGCGACCCAACUUGCCACCUCUUAAUCUUCAGCCGAGGACCCUCCGCAGGGCACCGCACUCUCGACGAGUGAGUGACGCCAAUAACCCGGAGAAAGCGGCCAUCUGAACCGAGGGUGGCGCGGUAUUCUCCGUCGCCGACUCCACCGAUAUGGACUACGAUUGGCAACCUGACAGCGCCAACGUAGAUCGUCUCGUGUAAACUUCCAGGACGUAUAGGCAGCGACAAACUAAAGAGAAUUCCUGACGACGACUACCCAUACUCUAGUGCAAGAAUUGUGUGUCUAUCUCUAUGGUGAAUAUAUUUUUUCCUACGAGAUGGAAUUCUAUAAACAUCUGUCUGUCUCCUUUUACUCUUCUAAGGUUGCCGUUGCCUGUAUUUUCUUUAAUUUCACUCAUCAUUAGUGUGAAAGAAAAGAUUCUGAGCCGCAUAUGCGGCUGAUGGACCACUUUAUUCGACUAGUUUUUUUUAAAGAAUGUAAUGCUCGAAGUGCAAGUUUAAUAGUGAACAUUAGUUUCAGUGAUUGUGUUUUGUGUAAAUGAGGAAACUAUUGAGGAAUGUAUUGCUGGCUCAAUGAUAACUUGGAAGAUUGCGCUGAUUAAGCUAAGCAUCCAUGGCAUGUUCCUAUCAAAGAAUACCAGUAAAAUCCUUUCCAAUGAUUGUAACAGCAAUGGUCACAUGGUAUAAUACGCCAGUGUUCGCAUAUUGGUGCUGUCAGCAACACGCAUGUAGGUAUUUUUUCAUUAUUUUAAAAUGAUUUACCUUAUAUCAUACUGUAAAUAAAAAAAUUAUAAACAUAUUUUAUCAUUUUUAUGAUUAACAGCUGUGCAAUGUAAAUGCAAUGCAACUUGAUUCUAGUCUUAGUAGGUACUUAUCUCUGCCUGUAGCAAAAUCGAUGUGCAACCCUUUAAUCGUCUAUCAGACUGUGAUUAUUGUUUUUUAAGUAGGUGAAUAAAGUUUUUUGCUGGGAAGUUUACGACACCAUCGAUGUUUAAGCGGUUAACUUCGAGGCUUUCACUACUAAUUUACUACUGUUUUUAUUUCAAUAUCGGUUAAAGGGUUAACAUCCACAUUUCUAGUCAAUACGUAUAAAUGUCACUGUGUAUUUUUCACAAUAGUACUCUGUACUUGAUGUCUAUUUCUACUCUACAUUUAUUAAUACUGCAAUUACUGCACUAGAAAAACGUAACGUAUUCAUACUAUUCAUAUAGGCGAAACUGCGUAAUGUCUGUGUUUUACAUUUUGUAAUGACUGCCUUUUAUACGUAUCAAUAAAUUAUUGUUUUACUCGUA